UGCUGAGUGAUUUUGUUUAUGGUUAGAUUCAGUCAAUCCAUAGACAACUGGUCUGGUCUGGUUACAUUAGCGAUUCAUGGAAGAUUUUGAUAUCGAAAUAAAAAUCAAUUUAUUCGCUUGUAAAACUAUAUAUCAACAACCUGAGAUCAAAAUUGAAAUAAUCACCAGUUAGUUCAUGUAAAUAACAAAACAGUGUGUAUUGUGUCACGGUGUUAAUUAAAACUAGGCUAUAAUCUAAUCUCGAUGUUCAAUGGAGUCAGACAUAAUAGUGAUUACUUUGUUGUAGGGAUACGAAUUCACUCGAAGUCGUAUGUUUCUUUUGUGGUAAUUCUCCAUAAGGGAUUCCACAAUGUUGUCCUCAUCGUUCCAUCACAGAUUUAAAAUAUAUUAUGGUGUAAGGGACAAUGUGUAUUUCUAUUUUUGACAAGAAGUGGUGAACUCAUAUGCAGUGAUUGUUAUUUGUCAGCAUUUUGCAUAAGCAUACCAACCAUGGCAGUGAAGAAGCAUGAGCUGGUGCAAGACAAUCGCCAGCUGGAUCUGAAUUCACUAAUGCAGUACAUCAAGUUAAUGAACGAGCAGCCACACUAUCUGCCGCCUCCGUCUGAGCUUGUUAGGAAUUGUCAAGAUAUUGUCAAAUGUCUCUCUCGCACUACUGGUACUGACGAGCAGCUGUGGGAGCUGUUGCAGUCGAUCGAGGAGUUCCUCCACCGCGUGGUCAGCUCCGUGCACACCGGGGUCCGCCACGAGCUCAUCACUGCAGUCCUUGACAAGUUCCACUCCUUCAUCUUCGACCCACAAUCGGACGCUUGCCCAGCGACGUCGAUCGUGCUCGUGGUGCUUGACGGGCUGAACGAUGAGGAGACGCUGUCCGCGGCGCGCUGGCUCGUGCAGCAGGCGGACCACUCGCCCGAGGCCGCGGGCCUACGCGCCUCGCUCUCCUGCCUCUACCGCUGGAUGUACGAGUGGCACGGAACACCCACGCUCGGCGAGUGGGUCAUGGCCUACAUCAAGGCUCUCGAGGAAAAUGAACAUUUUGAUCUGUUGGUGGAGGUGUCAGUAGACAACGUCGGCCACUUGUUCCUUGCCAUGGGCAACCCGGUGGCGCUCCGUCAGUCCGUCGCUGACGUCAUAUUCCACAUCAUGGCUUCGCUGCGAGAAUCCGCCGAAGCUCUCGACAGAAUUUCCCCGCACGUGGGCACCGUGCUAGUGAACCUAGCUGCCGACAGUGGCCAGUGGAGUCGACAGAUCCUCCAGGAUGUGGUGGACAUCCUCACGGCGAUGGUCGAUGGACGGAUGGAACUGCUCAAAGGCGACGCUCAGGACAUGUUCAAAGAAAAACACGCCGAUUUGAUGUCGUGCCUGGAGCGGCACAUGGCGUCCCGCGACUGCCGGUUCCUGCAGCGGCCGCCGUGGCGCGCGCGCGACGUGUGCCUCUCGGUCUCGAGCGUCAACUCGCACGCGCCCAUGCGUAAGGUCGGCCUGCUCAAUCUCGGCAACACCUGCUACAUGAAUAGCGUCAUGCAGGCGCUGCUCGUCACUAGACCUUUCAGUACCCACACAGUUUUGAAGAUGAACGCAGUGCCAUAUUGGUCAAAGAUGGGGAUGCUAUUCGCCAAAAUGAUGCAUUCGAUCAGCACCAAACUGAACCCCGAUGAAUUCUUCUCUGUGGUCAAACCACCUUUCUUUACUAAGGACAACCAGCAUGACAGCUCUGAAUUUCUAGGGUACCUAUUCGAGUUGCUGCAGUCCCACGAGCACGGGUCAGACCGCAACUUUGACUACACGCGUCCGCCCAUCAUCGUCGGCCGCAGAGCCCUCCCACACAGCCCGCAUUCGCCACCACACUCUAGUGACGGUGAACAUUCAGAUCCGGGCCCGAACCGCCGGUCCGUGUCGCCGCGGCCCGGGAGCAGCGCUGCCGGUUCCAGCUCAGGUCUCAAACGGCACGGCGACCCCGAAAUGCACUUGCCUCUAAAGAAGCGAUUGCGCAUGACCGAGUCGGCGUUCCUGCGGCGGGACUCGUUCAUCGACAGCAUGUUCGGCGGCGUUCUGCUCACGCGCGUCGAGUGCACCGAGUGCCACUCGUCCUCGCUGUCCCGCGACGUGUUCCGGGACCUGCAACUCGCGUUCCCCGAGAAGCUAGAAGGCACUCAGCACAGCGUGCAGAGUUUGCUGGAGUUCUACUGCUCCAAGGAGCGCUUGUCCGGCGACAAUAGAUACGAGUGUCGCGACUGUGGGGGCCUGCGCGACGCCGAGAGGAGCGUGCUAAUCGAAACUACGCCCAAGUUUCUUAUUCUGGUGCUAAAGAAUUUCAAAUUUGAGCCGAAAUUGCAAGUUCAAACCAAAUUAAUGCUCUCGAUUCACCACAACCACACGGUGACGUUGCCGACGGUGCGCUCCCAGGCUGACCACUCCGCAUACAUAUUGUACGCUGCUGUUAUUCACGCCGGGACCACGCUCGACUCCGGGCACUACUACACCCUAGCGAAAGACAAUGGACAGUGGCACAUGUACAACGACGACGUCGUGUCGGCCGCCGAAGAGGGUCAGUUGAGUGGCUUGAAUCGGUCUAGCACGCCCUACAUCUUGUUCUAUCGACGCACCGACAUCGACGAGGGCACCGCGCCCUCGCUGGAGGAGAUGCCACCCAAGGUACAGGAGUCGGUCAUGGCUCACAACAAACACUACGUAGAAACAGUUCGCAAAAUGCGGCUGACGAGGCCAUGACGGCUCCGAUCGGACAAGUACAUUGAUUUCACUGUACUGGACUACGUCGAUCCCGAGCAAUAAGGACACAUUGUUUCAUAUCAAAAAGUGACAAAAUUAAUGCUGCAAAGAAUCGCGACAGUUAAGUUUACGAUAGACUAUUAGUUUGUUUUUAUUAUUAGCCAUGACGCAUAAUACAUCAAGUGAAGUGAAUAAACUUAUAAGAUUUUGACAGACCAUAAAAUCUAAGUAUGUAUAUGUUGUUCGUCAUGCACAUUCUUUUUGUGAUAUAGUUGUUGAUCUGGAUUGAAGAUGUGAGUGAGAUAUUUUUCGAUAGAAACUAAUAUAUUUGUUACGGGCCACUUGAUUAACCGGGCAGUAUAAAUAAUGACCGGUCAUUAUGAAUAAUGUCCAAAAGCGUCGGGCAGUGAUAAAUUUAUUACUUUGGCUGGUCCAUAUUAAUAAUACCCGACGGCAGGCGUAUGGAACUCCGCGUGAGCUCGGAUAUACCUACGACUCGCUUCCCGCCGGCGGUACUAAAGCUAGCCAGUUGGUUCAGUUGUUUGCCACACGCGCUCACGCACGCACGUCCCCGCGCGCUCUAAUAUGUCAAUGUAAAAACGAAAAUAAUGUGAAUAAUGUCAUCGACAAAAAAAAUAGCACUGUAUUCUGUAGUAUUAUCGUUUUUUGCUCUUCCUAAAAAUGAGGAAAAGUAAGUACCUAGACAGUUUCAAUAUACAUACAAUAUACGAUAGUUACAAGCUACACUGGCACUAUUUAAUUUCUUGAAAGAUGUAAUGUUUUUAACGACAGAAUUAUAGUUACAUAUCUACCUAUUUGAAAUAGGUAGGUAACUUUUAAGGUAUAUUGGUACAUGUUUAUUAUAACGACAGUAAGUAAGUACUUACUGCUAUUUAAAUAUAUUAUGUCCUGGUUAUAUCAAAUUAUAAUUACCUCUGCAUUCAUGUUUUCAAUAUUAUUUUUCUUUAUUGUGUAACGUAAAUCUAUCCUCCUAAGACCCGGGCUUUUAAAAUAUUACUCGUUAGAAAGACCGAACUAGCUUUUAAUAUAACAAAAUGGCAACCAUUGUUAAGUCCUGACGAUUUGAAAAUUACAGGUCUCGUUAUGACCGAACUACCUAUUAAAAGAACAAAAUCAAUUUUUAAACUUUAUUGUGAUAUUUUAGACCUAAACGCCAUUAUCUUAUUGUUUAUAUAUUUGUCCCUGUUACACGCGUUGAAUGAAACGAAACCAAGUAGCCAUAUUUGUUCUUAGUGGCCAGCAAAAGGGGACAAUGGCAGCAUGUGGGAAACAACGUAAGUAAAUCCAUUAAUACUUCAUAGUAAUAUUGGUAUUUCUUGCAAUUAAAAAUGUGUUCUUUUUCUAAUGAAUUUGUAAUAUUUAACUAUAAUGUAUUAUUUUUGACAAACAUGCGACGUAAACGAUGUUUUUGCAAGGUAAUUUAAUUUGUUCUUUUAAAAGUGAGUUCGGUUAUUUGGUAUUUCAUUCUAGUGCUACGCGACGUGGACAUAGUGCAGCUUCUCAAUUAAUCUGAAAUAAAAGACACUGAGGAUGGCGAAGGUUCGACUUAUCAAGACCCUGAAAUAGACGUAGUUUCUGAUCAACGUAGUGAUGACCAUUAUUGAUGCGGACUCGUCUAGCUCAGAAAAUAAAUAUUCUUCUGACUCGGAAAAUGAGGCUGAUUACCCUUCUACCAACAACCGUCGGGCCAGGACUCAAGGUUGAGGAGUUGAGAAGCGAAGCUUUGUGCGUACGCGUGGUGAAGUUCUGAUUUGGUCAAGAAAAUAAAAUCAAAUAACCAAUUACCCAUGCUGUUUACCUAUAAUUAUUACAUUAACUACUACAUACUAAGCACGAGAGUUCUUUAAAAAGAACAGAAGUAUGGAUUAGUUGACUUAGUGCAAAAAAAAGUUUCUUUGGUACUGAAUAAUGUUUGUUCUAGCAAAAAUCGUAUAGUCGGGUUUGAAACAGAUUAAAUUGUUGCUAUAAGUUCAGGACUCAAUGACUAUAAUACUUUUGAUCUUUUUAAAGGACAUUCGGUUAUAGUGACAUCUUCUGCGUAGCAAUACCCAGGACUCAAUUAUGAACGCCAUUUUGUUCUUUUAGCAGGCACUUGGGACUUAGGAGGCUAUCUAGUUUAAACCACACGAAGUUUUACAACUGAUUCUUGCUGAGUUAAUUGCGCGAUUUAUAAAACGGCGUAAACACACAAGUUUAACAACAGAACACUUAAAUAAAUGAUAAAAAUCAUUCAACAUUACAUAAAAGUAAAACAAUUUUGAAUUAAUGAUAAAAAUACAUAAUUUAAGAUAUAGAUUUUAUUUUAUUUCACUCCGCUGUUCAAGUAGGUACUUAUUUGUAAAAUCAUUUCUUAGCGGCGGCGCGUUGAAGGUAACUCCUAUGUUUUUUUGCGUAGGUGUCAAAACGGUAGGUAUUUGCGUUUUCUUUGAGAGAUAAGUAUCUGUUCGUAAGAACUAUUAUAUAAUCUGUGCCGACGGCCCGUGGUCCAUUGAAUAAAUCAACUUGGACCGAGCAGUAUCCCUACUUCUAGCCGGGCAAUGUGAUAAAUUCGGUCGCGCCGUGGUGGAAGCAGUUUCUGUGGGGGGUUGCAGUUCUAACCUAACCUAAACCUACUUUUCUGUAAGUAGUUUCUUUCUGUGCGGGGUUGCAGUUCUUACCUAAACUAAAUCUACACUACAUCCCUCAUUUGUAUUAUUACAUUGCUCAAGGUAGGUUGGUCAUUAUUCAUACUGCCGCUCAAAGUGAUUAAUCAUGCAGUUCCAAUUAUAUUGCCUACUUGGUGCGGGCAUUAUGCAUACAGACCGGUCAUUCUUCAUAGUGACCGGACUUAUCAAGUUUCCCGUAACAUAUUAAUUAUAAUAUAAUAAUAACAUAAAAGUUUCAGUCCUGUUUUUGCAAUUUAGUAGUGUGCGUGAAGGCGUGGCAUAAGAUGUUGUAUACGCGUACCUCCCUGCCAAGAGACAAACCCGCCUAGUAUAUAGGUACUAUUGUUUAUCACUGACGUGAAACCAAUCUCAAUCUAAACGCCUCUCCGGUGUGUUUAUGCUUACAUCUGAAUGAACGAUUUAGUGAUUAUUUUACACUAGAAAGAAACGUUUGCUUUCGUCGGCAGUAGGUAAACUAUUUGAUGACAGGUUCACAUGUUCACAAGUCACACCCGCUGUAAAAAUUGCUAAAGAACAUUUAUAUAUAAUCCAUCUGCUUUUAGUAUCUAGCCGAGCCGAACAACUUAUAAAAUUAUAUUAUUAUACUAAUUUAGUGUUGAAAGUGUAUACCAGAGAUGUUGCGAAUAUUCGCAUCCGCAACCGCGGAACUUCCGCAUUAUUUUCAACAUCCGCAUCCGCAUAAAAUCGAUGCGGAGCUUAAUGCGGAUGCGGAUGUGGAACAGGUAGGUACAGGAACGUCUUAGCGGCGGCGUAAAAGCUAGGUAAGGUAAGGUAGGUAGGUUUGUUAUCCCACAUGGUAUGUUUAAAAGAAAAAAGUUAAGAGGCCGUAGUCGAUUUUGGAGCAAAAAUGUAAAAUUGAUAGAUUUAGUCGUUGAAAUUAUACACGUUUUGUUACGUAAUAUCUAAAUAACAAGUAUUGAUUUCUAUUAGCACGUCUUCUCAUCUUGCCUUUUAAUACUGAGGUCGCGAGCGUGCGUCACCAGUAAUGCAUAAAGAGAAGGGGCAGUUUUUAAAAAUUCAUCAAAAAAUCAUGGUGGUAAAUUAUACAAAUUGAUGUAUAAGAAUAGUUUCAGCAAAUGUUGUAGAUUGUUUAAGUAUCAAAAUUACGUUGAAAUUAAGUCGAUUUUCAGAGAAAUUGUCACUUGUUUUGAAGUAAUUUCUGGAGAAAAUUGAUUUCGUCUAACUUUCAUUUACACUACUUCAAGGUCAUAAUAAUAAAAAUGUAGUCUGAUAAACGUCAAGUACAGCAUAUGUGUAAUACAAAAUUACCAUGUUUAGCAGUCCAAACUUUACGAAAUUUACAAAUAAGAGCGACAAAAUCAGUGCUUUACGCGCGUUUACCUAAACGUCCAUCAGAAAAGCAAACAUUACUAAUUUAGUAAGUCUGUUUUCAAAAAAUUUAUCUGAAGACGUGCUAAUAGAAACCAGUACUUGUUAUUUCAAUUAGGUAACAAAAGGUGUAAAAUUUCACCGACUAAAUCUAUCAAUUUUACAUUUUUGCGACUAAAAUCGACACCGGCCUCUUAAUAUUUAACUGUACUGCCGACUUUAUGACGUCACAACAACUAUCCCCGCCACUUUCGCGCUUGUCAUCUCAUAUAUUUGUGUUCAGGACAUCAUACUGAAUGCACUGAGACCAAAUUUACCCAUGUCCGAGACGACAUGAGCGAAAAACCAUUUGUAGAAGACUUCUAGACAAAUAACCGACCCUCUAUAUUUGACAGUUGUACUUACAUUUGUGGUUAUCAAUUGGAAGUGAAUGGGUGAAUGUGGUUCAAUCUUCUUCUUUGCCUGGCCCUUUCCCAUUUUAUUUGGGGUCGGCCCUCCGUAUCAUGCGUCUCCAGGCAGCUCGGUCCUGGGUCGUCUCCUUGUUGACUUGGGCUUCUUUGAGGUUCUUAUCUACUACGGACAUCCAUGUGAUUCGGGGUCUUCCUCGUCCUCGGGGUUUAGUUUCAAUAUCUAGCACUUUCCUGGUCAUGUGGUCGGAUGGUCGCCUCAUAACGUGUCCGUACCACCGCAGACGGCUCUCCUGUAGUUUAUCUGGGAUAGGUCUCACUUUGAAGGUGCCUCUUAUGUGUGUGUUUCUGACAUGAUCCAGCCUAGUUACACCACCCGCCCACCUGAGCAUCUUCAUCUCUGCGCAGUGUAAUUGAUUUUCAUGCUGCUUUUUGAGUGGCCAGCAUUCGGCUCCGUAUGUCAUGGCCGGUCGGACGGCUGCUCUGUAUACUCGUCCCUUUAUGCGCACGGGCAUUCGGCUGUCGCAUAG